AUGAUCUUCCUUAUUCUUAUUGCUGUAACCAUCAUAAUCUUAUUUAAUCAAUUUCGAAAAGUGAAACAUCUUCCGCCUGGACCAUUUCCUCUUCCACUAAUUGGAAAUAUUCAUCAAUUAGCCUAUCAGGCAUGGCGCCACAAAGGAAUUGUGGCAGCAUUGAGUUAUUUCAGAAGAAAAUACGGGAAUGUGUAUACUCUCUGGUUGGGACCAGUUGUCACAGUAAGCAUCACUGACUAUGAGAUAUCUCACGAAGCUUUCGUGACGAAUGGUAGAAAGUGUAUUGAUAGGCAACUUUCACCAAUUCUGAAAAAAGUAUCAGAUGGUCAUGGCAUACAAUUCAAUAACGGAGAAGAAUGGGCGGAGUUGAGAAGAUUCACACUUCUGGCGUUCCGUAAACUAGGUGUUGGAAAUGGUCUCGAAGGAAUAGUAAUGGAGGAACUGAACGGAAGAUGCUCCGAACUGAACUCUGAAAUUUCUCUAAAUGGGAAAGCAAUAGUUACUGUUGAACUAUUUGACUUGACAGUUGGAAGUGUUAUCAACACUCUUCUUGUGGGAAAACGGUUUGAUGAAAAUACGAAAAGCGAUUUUUUGAUUAUUAAAAGACUUUUCGAUGCUUCAGCAGAAACCUUCAAUCUAUUCGAUUUGAGUGUUCCUGUGUGGUUUUUGAAAACUUUUCUCCCUCGAAGAUACAAAAUGACAUGGGAAUCCAGACAAAAUUUUUUGAGCCACGUGUCAAGAGAAGCUGAGGAACGACUGGAAAGAAUGAAAACAGGAAAUUAUGAAAUAGAUAAAAAUGAUCCAAGAGAUUUCGUUGAUGUUUUCUUGUUGAAAAUGCAAGAAGAAAAGGGAAAAGGAGAAAGUGGAAAUCCAAGUUACUCAAUAGAAUCUCUCAAAAUACUUCUCUAUGAUUUGUGGCUUGCUGGACAAGGAACAACUUCCACUACUCUCUACGCUGGUUUCGUAAAGCUUGUCCAACAUCCAGAAGUCAUUCUGAAAAUUCGUGAAGAACUAGCGAAAGUCACUCAAAACGCACGAGAUUUGUCUUUACAAGACAGACGAAAUACUCCUUAUCUGAAUGCAACAAUUGCUGAAAUUCAACGACAUGCAUCUAUUUUGAAUGUGAAUUUCUGGAGAUUGAAUCACGAGACUAUCGACCUUCAAGGAUAUCAAAUAGAACCAGGAGCUUGGAUUUCAGCUCAACUCGGAGCACUUCAUGUCAAUGAAGAACUAUUCGAGAAUCCCAAGAACUUUGAUCCCGAAAGGUUUCUGACAAAUGAGAAACUGUUUCAACAAAUUAUUCCAUUUGGGAUCGGAAAACGAUCAUGUGUUGGAGAGCAAAUUGCAUGGACAGAACUCUAUUUAGUUAUCGGCAACAUCCUUCUCCGAUAUGAUGUUAAAGCCCAUGGCCCCUGUGACCUAGAGGAGGACGAGUUCCCAUUCAGUUCUGCAAAGCUGCCAGAUAUUUCUGGAAAGUUCGAAUUUGUGAAGUUAUAA